UCUUAGCCAAUAUGGGCAUAUCACUGUAAGUCUUAAACAACAACCACAGAUAAAUCCUCACCAAUGAUUAAUCCUCUGCUCUUGUAUCUUCUUUUUUGCACUCCUUUAAUCCUACGUAGUUUAUCAUUUGCUAACACAUUUAGAUUCUUCUGAAGUCUCGGAAGGCACCCAUAACUGUGAUUUACUGUCCUGCUUGUACAAAUGAUUUUCCUUUGUGUACAUAAACAAGUGGGGGAUGUCAACCUGUAUCUAACCUAAUGGCGUUCAUGACUAACUUUUGGGACAAAUUGCUCCAGAUGAAAUCAGAAUACAGUAAAUUGCAGAGGAAUUCAUAAAAUAAGAACUAACACAAUGAGGUUAGGCAGAAAAAUUUAUCUUGUCAAGGAAGGUAGAAAUAGCAGGUAUCAAAGCAGGAACGUUUCAUGAAUUACUGAAUGAAAAAUUGAGAUACCUUUUGAAUUUAAUAUUGAAAUUUUUUUUUUUUAGUUGCAUGUGAGACAUUGCAAGUAUUUCCACCGCAUCUUGAGGUGACUGCCUUGUUACAUUCAGAUGCCCAGCUGCCCUGUGUCUUUAUUCCAACCAGCCCUCAAUAUGGCUUAAAAUUUAUCAUUCCAACCUGGAGACGUAGUAGAUCGAUACUGUCAGAGUUUAAACAUGGAAAACUGGAAAACACCAGCAGGGCAUCAAUGGUUCAAAGUGAGUUAGAGAACUUUAACGCCUCCCUCUUACUCAAGCAAGUCACCAUUGAAGAUGGAGGAGAAUAUACAUGUGAAGUGUCCGAGACUAUGCUGGAGACUGCAACAGCCCGGGUUACACUCAAAGUUGUCGCUCUUCCUAAAGUAUUUGUGAAGCCCAGUCUGAAAAUGCCAAAUCGAUCAAGCACCUUGGAGUGUCAUGUCCAACACUUCUACCCCAGAGACAUUACCAUUGAAUGGGUAAAAGACUCCAUGCCACUGCUUCAUCAAAGGCCUCUGCAGAUAGAGCAAAAUGGAGACCAAACCUUAAGUACAGUGAACCGUUACCUCUACUUCCAUGAAACCAAAGACGUGGCUGCCAACAUAUCCUGCCGGGUGAAACAUGAAUCUCUGUAUGGGUCAGUGAAGGAGAUUCCACUACAAUUUUGCCUGCCAAAUAUUACACCCAAAAUGAUAAUGAAUGGUGACAAAUGGCAAGCCAUCUGUCAAGUUGAUGACUGCCAUUUCAGCAAUGUCACUGUGAGACUGAAGAAGAAAGAGACAAUGAUAAAUGAAUCAACGUGCAAUGAAGUCCCAGUAUGUGCAACCAAAGUGACCUUCAUGAAGAGCAUUAAAGAGGAGCUUUUCUGUGAGGUGGAGUUUGAAGGGAUUGAUAAACCGAUCACUAAAUGCAUUCUACUUAUCAAUCGAGGUCUAAUGAACUGUUCCAGGCGUGACGAUGUGCCAGGAGUUAAUAACGGCAACAUCCGAAAUGAGGAAAAUGAAAAUUUACCAACCACAAUUUGA